GAUGCGGAGACCUGUUGGGUCCUGGUUUCCCUCGAUAAAGGGACCUCUGCUUCUCGCCAUUAUCUCCGUCACGGUAGAUGGAUUCCGUAUAAACUUGCACGUCUUGAGACCCUGCACAGAUUCGGUCAGAAUUGGAAAGACACGCCCGGCAACAUGUCCAUGUCGACGGAAGACUGCCAGAAGCCCCGCGAGGGCUUCCCCCGCCCAUUCCCCGAUACCCCGUCCAACGUCCUAGAGCAGCUCCGUGUGGCCGCCAAGGUCAUCGUGGUCACUGGCGCAGCGGACGGCAUUGGCUUCGCCGUCUCCGAGGCCAUGGCCGAAGCCGGGGGCAACGUUGCUCUGUGGUACAACUCAAACGACGUCGCGAUCCGGAAAGCUCGGGAUUUGGCAAGCACGCACAACAUAAAGACUUUGGCUUACAAGGUCGACGUAUCCGAUCCGACGCAGGUCCAGGAGGCCAUGGCAAAGGUCGUCAGAGAUUUUGGAAAGAUUGACGUCUUCGUCGCCAAUGCCGGCAUGGCCAUCUCGAAGCCCAUCCUGGAGCAGACGCUCGACGAGUACCGGAAGCAGAUGUCGGUCAACGUGGACGGCAUCGUGUACUGCGCAAAGUACGCGGGCGAGGUCUUUGAGCGCCAGGGCUCGGGCAACCUCAUCAUCACGUCGAGCAUGAGCGCCCACAUCGUCAACGUGCCGGUGGACCAGCCCGUCUACAACGCGACCAAGGCGUUCGUCACGCACUUUGGCAAGUCGCUGGCGCGCGAGUGGCGCGGCUUCGCCCGCGUCAACGUCGUCUCGCCCGGCUUCUUCGACACCAAGAUGGGCGCCGGGCCCCAGGCCCUGCAGGAGGCGUACCGCAUGGCGGCCCUCGGCAGGCAGGGCCACACCAAGGAGAUCAAGGGCCUGUACCUCUACCUGGCCAGCGACGCCUCCACUUACAUGACGGGAAGCGAUGUCAUCAUCGACGGCGGCUACGUCCUGCCCUAGGCGGUCGGGGACGAGGGUUAUAUGCCUCCUCCAUUACGUGUAUAAACUCAGUGCAGGAUGUAGAUGUGAUAGAAGAGCGCCCCCCUUGUUUUUUCUGGGGGGGGGGGACGGAGAUGAAACAUUGUCUUUUGUUUCCAUGUUAAUAAAGUAUAACGUUGUUUGAGAUGAAC